AACCGUAACAGCCACCAGACAAGCUUCAGUGGCCGGCCCUUCACAUCCAGACUUGCCUGAGAGGACCCACCUCUGAGUGUCCAGUGGUCAGUUGCCCCAGGAUGGGGACCACAGCCAGAGCAGCCUUGGUCUUGACCUAUUUGGCUGUUGCUUCUGCUGCCUCUGAGGGAGGCUUCACGGCUACAGGACAGAGGCAGCUGAGGCCAGAGCACUUUCAAGAAGUUGGCUACGCAGCUCCCCCCUCCCCACCCCUAUCCCGAAGCCUCCCCAUGGAUCACCCUGACUCCUCUCAGCAUGGCCCUCCCUUUGAGGGACAGAGUCAAGUGCAGCCCCCUCCCUCUCAGGAGGCCACCCCUCUCCAACAGGAAAAGCUGCUACCUGCCCAACUCCCUGCUGAAAAGGAAGUGGGUCCCCCUCUCCCUCAGGAAGCUGUCCCCCUCCAAAAAGAGCUGCCCUCUCUCCAGCACCCCAAUGAACAGAAGGAAGGAACGCCAGCUCCAUUUGGGGACCAGAGCCAUCCAGAACCUGAGUCCUGGAAUGCAGCCCAGCACUGCCAACAGGACCGGUCUCAAGGGGGCUGGGGCCACCGGCUGGAUGGCUUCCCCCCUGGGCGGCCUUCUCCAGACAAUCUGAACCAAAUCUGCCUUCCUAACCGUCAGCAUGUGGUAUAUGGUCCCUGGAACCUACCACAGUCCAGCUACUCCCACCUCACUCGCCAGGGUGAGACCCUCAAUUUCCUGGAGAUUGGAUAUUCCCGCUGCUGCCACUGCCGCAGCCACACAAACCGCCUAGAGUGUGCCAAACUUGUGUGGGAGGAAGCAAUGAGCCGAUUCUGUGAGGCCGAGUUCUCGGUCAAGACCCGACCCCACUGGUGCUGCACGCGGCAGGGGGAGGCUCGGUUCUCCUGCUUCCAGGAGGAAGCUCCCCAGCCACACUACCAGCUCCGGGCCUGCCCCAGCCAUCAGCCUGAUAUUUCCUCGGGUCUUGAGCUGCCUUUCCCUCCUGGGGUGCCCACAUUGGACAAUAUCAAGAACAUCUGCCACCUGAGGCGCUUCCGCUCUGUGCCACGCAACCUGCCAGCUACUGACCCCCUACAAAGGGAGCUGCUGGCACUGAUCCAGCUGGAGAGGGAGUUCCAGCGCUGCUGCCGCCAGGGGAACAAUCACACCUGUACAUGGAAGGCCUGGGAGGAUACCCUUGACAAAUACUGUGACCGGGAGUAUGCUGUGAAGACCCACCACCACUUGUGUUGCCGCCACCCUCCCAGCCCUACUCGGGAUGAGUGCUUUGCCCGUCGGGCUCCUUACCCCAACUAUGACCGGGACAUCUUGACCAUUGACAUCAGUCGAGUCACCCCCAACCUCAUGGGCCACCUCUGUGGAAACCAAAGAAUUCUCACCAAGCAUAAACAUAUUCCUGGGCUGAUCCACAACAUGACUGCCCACUGCUGUGACCUGCCAUUUCCAGAACAGGCCUGCUGUGCAGAGGAGGAGAAAUUAACCUUCAUCAAUGAUCUGUGUGGUCCCCGACGUAACUUCUGGCGAGACCCUGCCCUCUGCUGUUACCUGAGUCCUGGGGAUGAACAGGUCAACUGCUUCAACAUGAAUUAUCUGAGGAACGUGGCUCUAGUGUCUGGAGACACUGAGAACGCCAAGGGCCAGGGGGAGCAGGGCUCAACUGGAGGAACAAAUAUCAGCUCCACCUCUGAGCCCAAGGAAGAAUGAGUCACCCCAGAGCCCUAGAGGGUCAGAUGGGGGGAACCCCACCCUGCCCCACCCCUCUGAACACUCAUUACAGUAAACACCUCUUGGAUUUGG